CAAAGUAUGACUUCGAGUUUUCCUGCUUCCAAUACAUCCAAGAGAUCUGAGAGGAAUACAUAUGUUGGAAAAGGUUUUGUUCAUGUUAAAAAUCCUUACCUGGACUCUAUGGAUGAAGAUGUUCUCUAUCACUUGGAUUUAGGAACAAAAACACACAACCUACCAGAAAUGUUUGGGGAUGUAAAGUUUGUCUGCGUUGGUGGAAGCCCUAACAGAAUGAAAGCAUUUGCACUGUUUAUGCACAAGGAGCUCAGAUUGGAAGACAGUGAAGAAGACGUCAAGGACAUCUGCGCCGGGACUGACAGAUAUUGUAUGUACAAAAUUGGUCCCGUGCUCUCUAUCAGUCAUGGCAUGGGCAUCCCCUCCAUUUCUAUUAUGCUUCAUGAACUCAUUAAAUUACUGUACCAUGCCCGGUGCUGUGACGUUACCAUUAUCAGAAUUGGUACAUCAGGGGGAAUAGGGAUUGCACCAGGGUCUGUUGUAAUAACAGAUAGAGCCGUAGACUCCUUUUUUAAGCCCCGGUUUGAACAGGUAAUCUUGGACAAUGUUGUCACCAGAAGUACUGAACUUGACAAAGAACUGGCUGAGGAACUAUUCAACUGUAGCAAAGAAAUUCCUGACUUCCCAACCCUCAUUGGACAUACGAUGUGUACCUAUGAUUUUUAUGAAGGCCAGGGUCGACUAGAUGGAGCGCUGUGCUCCUUUUCCAGAGAAAAGGGGUUAGAUUACUUGAAAAGAGCAUAUAAUGCCGGCAUCAGGAAUAUCGAAAUGGAAUCUACGGUGUUUGCGGCCAUGUGUAGACUUUGUGGUCUAAAAGCUGCUGUGGUCUGUGUGACACUUCUCAACAGACUUGAAUGCGACCAGAUCAACUCUCCCCAUGAUGUUCUGGUGGAGUACCAGAAACGGCCUCAGCUCCUAAUCUCCAGAUUCAUCAAACAGCGGCUUGGACUUCGUGACCAGACAUCAUAG